GUGGACUGUUGGGCGAUCCUGGCAUUUGCAGCGAGCGGAAAGCCCACAUGUAACACGUCCCUACAAACCGGCGAUCCGCACCCGUAGAUCCGCCUGAGGUAGGCAGACAUCAGAACUGAAGAUGGACGAAGCGCAGAAUUCAAGCAACGGGUCCGACUUCGUGGACGGCGCGUGGAACGACACCGACGCGUGGAACGACACGGGCGCGGGGCGGUCGGCGCUGAAGCACGGCCUGGGCGUGACGGUGGUCCUGGUGCUGGGGUACGUGCUCGUCUUCGUCAUGUGCGUGGCCGGGAACGUCCUGGUGUGCGGCAUCAUCGCCAAGAACCGCAACCUCCACACCGUCACCAACUCCUUCAUCUUCAACCUGGCCCUGGCGGACCUGCUGGUGGCCCUCAUCUGCAUGCCCGUGACCCUGGUCUACACCAUCAUAUACAAUUGGCCGUUCGGUGACGUCAUCUGUAAGCUGUCCAUCUUCAUGCAGGGGGUGUCUGUAGGAGCCUCCGUCUUCACACUGGUUGCCGUGGCAACGGACAGAUACUUCGCGGUUGUCCGCGUGCCGAAGGGGAAGAUCAACGGGAAACAAGCUACAGUCAUCAUCUCAGUGAUCUGGAUCCUGUCCAUCACUGUGUCCGUGCCUCAGGCCGUAGUCCUCCACGCGGAGUAUGACCCAGUCUCUGACAUCGUCAGCUGUACCGAGAGAUGGCCGAAGCCUACCGAGCGCGCCUACUACACCCUGGCGCUGUUCAUCCUGCUCUUCGUGGUGCCGCUCCUCGCCAUCGGCUACAUGUACAUCCGCAUCGCCACCAACAUCUGGUACCGCCCCGCCACCAUCGCCGUCAGCACCCGCUCCAACACCGAGCAGGCGGACGCCAAGAAGAUCUGGGUCAUCAAGAUGCUGGUGGUGGUGGUCAUCCUGUUCAUCGUCUGCUGGCUGCCCCUGCAGAUCAUCGCACUGGUCACCGACUUCGGCCACCUCAGCUUGAACGCCAUGACGGUCAUCUACAUGAACGUGUACCCGGCCUGCCACUGGCUCUUCUACUUCAACAGCGCCAUGAACCCGGUCGUCUACGGCUACUACAACAAGAACCUCCGCCGCAUCUGCAACGAGAAGCUGCGCAAACACAAGGCCAAGAAGACGCGGAAGACAGCCCAGGGCGUGGCCUACAACCUCCGGGACAUCUCCCAGGCCUCACAUCUCCUCAAGAAGGACACCUCUGUCAACACUGUGCAAACUAUGGUCAACAGCACACCAGACUAGUCCAACUGGUAAAGACGAGGAACAUGAUAAAAACCCGAAAAUUGAAGAAUAGGCAUUACUCUUUUGAUUUGCCGUAAUAAGGUCUAGGAGAAAAUGUUGUUUUCAAUUUCAGUCCAGGAAAAAUAGGGUCAGUGGGGAUUCUCUUUUAUACAUCAUUCAUUUUUUUCGUAGAUCUAACAAUACAGUUUAACAAUGUAAAACUGAUAUGCAUCAGGACCAGGGCAGUCUCCAGGACCCGUCACUCCGUUUGUUUGUGGAGAAUUGGCACUGGAAGAUUGUUGAGUUUUUGCUACGGUCGGUCGGGAAACCGGCAACACAACAUUUUUUCCUAGGUCUAACCCAUUUUCGAUGAACAUCCAAGCUACCAAGCCAAUGACUACAUCGUCCACCAAAACAAAAUUUUCAGUACGUACAUUUUCAAAAAAAUUCAAAAGGGUAGCCGUCGUGAACACAGUAACGUAUUCCUUGAACAAAACCCCUUAAACGACCUGGUCUUUUAAUAUCCAUGAGCGAUAUGUCAUAGUUUUCUAUGUCCCACAGUAAUCAAGCGUGAAAAAAGCGAACCUUUCUGUGUUUGUAGAAAGCGUAUCAAAAUUUGUGUAGAAUUAUAACAAGAAGCCAUAGGCGACAAUUCUCCGUGAAGUAUUAUAUUUUGCAACAAAAAGAAGUAGCCAUUGGC